UUCCACCUACAGGCACCAGAGGACUGUCGCGUGCGUGAGGCGGCAGCAGAAGCAGCAUCCAGCAACAUUAAACAGGUGCCAGACGCAACCAUGUUGAAAGCAGGCACCACCAAGGUGGGGCUGCCCAAGCCAGGGCUCCAGGAGCGGGCCAAGCUGGCCUCCUUUGUCCCUUCAUCCUCCACUGUGGCCCCAGUAGCUAUGAAGACCUCCAGAUCCUCCAACAUGCUGGUCUCAGACCAGCGGCUCAGCAGGCUGAAAAGAGCAAGCAGUGAUGAUGCCUUGACUAAACCUGCACUGGGAGCCGCUGCCUCUGGUUCCCGGAUGAAGAAGACUGUAACAACUGGAGCCAUCUCGGACCUCGCUGAGGGUCGCCACCGCAGCCUUGCUGCAGCGAAAAAGUCUGGAAUUCCAACACCAAGAGAAAUCCCCUCCACCAUAUCCAAAGACCGCAUUUUCCUUAGGGACCAGAUGAGGAGCUCCAGUACGAAGAGAGUGGUUUCUAGCGUCAGCACCUCUAGCCUUUCCACUGUGGCAAAGCAGACACGUAAUUCAGCCAAGUCCCGAGCAGACACAGAGGGCCACGAAAAGGGGAUUCUUGAGUGCCAGGUCAAGGAGCUUUUGGCAGAGGCCAAAGCUAAAGACUUGGAAAUCAGCAACCUCAGGAUGGAGUUGCAGCAUUGUAAGAGUAAAACCUCAUCCAUUUCCACUUUAAAUUCCCCCACUUCAGGCACACGCAAAGACUCCGCUGCCGAUCAAGAACAGAAUCAGGUAGCAGAAGCAAUUUUACUAGUUGGAGAGCUAAGGGAGAAGAAUGGCAAGUUUCAGAGAGAGCUUGCAUUCCUCAGGGAGGAGAACCAGGUACUUAAAGAAAAGGUGCUUUGCUUGGAACCUUCUCCUGUCUCUAGUACAAAUGGCAGCAGCCUCUCUAAGCCUUUGGUGAAUGGCCUGUCAUCAGACUCCAGCUCUUCUCCUCCACAGCAGGGUGAUCUUCCAUCUUCUUCCUGCCCAGUUAAUGCCUCAGUCUCCUCCAACUCUGAUGUCAGCAAGGACUCGCCAUCACCUGUCUUCUCAGAGUUUGAAAAGGUCCCAUCACGUUCAGAUUCAAUGAGUAGUGGUGUCAGUGGUGAAGCUGUAAGCAGUGGGAGGGAACAGGAUGCGUCAGUACAGCGCCUAACAGAACAGAUGCACAAGCUGGAGGAAAGCCACCAUAGUACAGCCGAGGAGCUCCAGGCAACUCUGCAGGAGCUGGCGGAUCAACAACAAGUCAUGCAGGAGCUGACAGCUGAGAACGAACGUAUGGCCCAGGAGAAGCGUCUCUUGCAGACCUCGCUUCAACAGCAGAGAGAACGCAUGGAGCUCUUGUCCCAAAAGAACGAAGCGCUGGCCAACCGACUUCAGGAACAACUCCAGGUUCAAGCCCAAAAGGAAGAGGAGCUGGGCACUCAGGGGCCACGGCUGGCUGAGCUGGAGCAGAGAUAUGCAGAACUGGUGGAAAGCUCACGCUUUGAACGGGAAAAGCUUGUGGGCAUCCAGCAACAGCUGACAGGCAGCCUUCGUGCUCUGGAGCAUGAACACCAGGAGACCAAGGGCCAGGUUUGCUGCUUCAGAGAAGAGAUAGACAGGCUGCAGACCCAGCUGUGCAGAGAAAUCCAGGCUGGGAGCCAGGCAGCACAGACUGCAGAAGAACAAAGGGCGAUAGCAGACUGUCUCCGGCUGGAAAACGGUAGACUGAAGGCCCAGGUGGACUACGAAAGGCAAAAGCUGGCUGAGCUGAAGGCCAUGCAGAGUGCAAGUGAUAGCACUGAGUUGCAGAGCUUAGUGAAGACAGCCCACGCUGAGAGAGACCAACUGGAGGUGGAGCUGACCGUGCUGAGGCAGGAGCUCCAACAGGCCCAGGCUGAAACUGAGCGUGUGCGAGCCACCGUGUCCAAGGUGGAGACCAAAUGCCAGCAGAUCCAGGAGCAAGCUGAGAAGAAGGAACAGGAGCUCACCAGCCAUGUGAGUUCUCUUGAGGAGGCUGGAGUCCAAGCUGAGAACCAGGUGAAAGACCUGAAGGAGACAAUCUUUGAAUUAGAAGACCAGGUGGAGCAGCAAAGAGCUGUCAACCUUCACACCAACCAGACCGUCCUGGACAUGGAGAAUCUUGUCAAAAAGGUAGAGGACCAAAAAGCAGAAGCAGAUCGACAGCUGAAGGUUUUAACGAGACAGAUGAAGGAAGAAAAGGAGGAGUGGCGUCGUUUCCAGGCAGACCUCCAGACGGCGGUGGUGGUGGCCAAUGACAUCAAGGUGGAGGCCCAGCAGGAGAUCCGCUCUCUCAGGAGGCAGCUACUGGAGGAGCAGGACCGCAGUGCAAAGCUUACCUCAGAACUAGAGGCCCUACAGGGAGUCAGGUCCCAAGGCAACGAGGUGAAGGUGUCCGUGUCCGACUCGGAUACCAGUCGUCACUGGUGUGGCGUGUCCUUAAUCCAGACUACGCCAACUGAUGCCAGCGUGGAUGCUGCUUCAGGGCCAGGAGCUACUGUCAAAUCCCUCAUUAAGUCCUUUGACAAUGUUGAACAGAAUGGUCCAAGUCACACAGUUCAGAUACACUUGUCACCAAGAAGCCCACUGAGCGGAAUCCCUGUGCGCACUGCACCUGCUGCUGCCGUCUCCCCAAUACAGAGACACUCACACAUAAAGCCGCUGUCAAAGUCACUGGAGAAAAGGAUCAGUCGAGAAUUCCCACAUCAUCACGAUAAGUUGUUGGUCGGUGGAGAAGACUUGAAGCCCAACAGUCUUAUGAGGAAGAGCCCGUCACUUGAGUCUGUUAUUAAAACACCCGCCUCCCUCAGCAGCCACACAUCCUUCAGCUACAACCGAGCCAACAGCAAACUCAGUGUGGAAAGAAAAGAUCCUCUGGCUGCACUUGCGCAGGAGUACGGAGGGUCCAAGAGAAACGCUCUACUGAAGUGGUGCCAGAAGAAAACAGAAGGCUAUCCGAAUAUUGAUUUGACCAACUUCAGCAGCAGUUGGAGCGACGGCCUGGCCUUCUGUGCGCUUCUGCACACCUAUCUGCCCGCCCACAUCCCUUACCAGGAACUGAAGAGUCAAGAUAAGGUCCGGAAUCUAACCCUGGCGUUCCAGGCGGCUCAAAGUGUUGGCAUUAAACCGUCCCUGGACAUCGAGGAGCUGAUGAAGACCGACAGGCCGGACUGGCAGAGCGUCAUGCAGUACGUGUCUCAGGUCUACAAAUACUUUGAGACGUGAUGGGAGGACGUGGCGCUGCUGGCAUUUGGAGGUACUGCUCCACUUUUCUACGCCAUCGGAAAACCCAACCUUCGCCCUACGAACAGACUGACCGCCCCCACCUUGGCUCGUUGCUGCGGUUUGACACCAGAAGCCAAACGGAGGAUGGCACCACUUGAUAAUCUGACUUUUACCGAUUUCCUGACGUGACACUAAAAUCAGAGCCGAGGCCCAAAUUCACCAAAACUGCACUCAGAGCU